AUGAUGGCGGCGGCCCCUGUCGCGGAGGUGAGCAGCGCCAGCAGUAGCAGCAGCGAUACCUCUAGUACGGGCGAGGAGGAGAGGAUGAGACGCCUCUUCCAGACCUGCGACGGCGAUGGGGAUGGCUUCAUCAGCAGGAAUGACUUGCUGAUGGUGUGCCGCCAGCUGAAUAUGGAGGAGUCUGUCACAGAGAUCAUGCACCAGCUGGGAGCAGAUGAAAAUGGGAAAAUUUCCUUCCAGGAUUUUAGUCAAUGCCGCAUGGAACUGGUACGAGAAAUCAGGAAGGAGGAAGUGGAGCUCUCUGUGAAGUCGGAUGACCCUUGUAAAAAGAAAAAGUUAAGGGAUGACAUAGCUUCCUGGCCAACUAGCAGCAAUAACAGUUUAGGUGCCUUAUCGGGAGCCAGAGAAAGCUGGGAGUAUGAUUCAGGAGCAAGAGAUCUUCAGAGUCCGGACCUCCAGAGUCAUUUUACACUACAAAAGUUGUUGGAAUAUGGUGGAAGCAAUGAGGCCCAACAGGCUUCUCUGCAAAAACUUCUAAAUCAGGCCUCAAAUUUUAGCAGCUCUGUUGGAGGAAGCUACUUAGAACUUGCCAACACUCUUCAUUUAGCAGCCCUGGCUUCAUUAAAGGGAGACAUAGUGGAGCUUAAUAAACGUCUACAACAAACAGAAAGGGAGCGUGACCUGUUGGAAAAGAAACUGGCAAAAGCACAGUGUGAACAAUCCCACCUAAUGAGAGAGCACGAAAACUUGCAGGAGCAAACGACACUACGCUACGAGGAACGGAUCACGGAGCUGCACAGUAUCAUUGCUGAAUUAAAUAAGAAAAUUGAUCGACUACAGGGAACAACAAUAAGGGAGGAAGAUGAAUAUUCAGAGUUACGGUCAGAGCUCAGCCAAAGCCAGCACGAGGUUAACGAAGAUUCAUGCAGCAUGGACCAGAAUUCUGUUUCAGUACCAGAGAAUCAGUCCACCAUGGUCACUGCAGACAUAGAUAACUGUAGUGACUUGAAUUCAGAACUGCAAAGAGUGCUGACAGGUCUGGAAAAUGUUGUCUGCGGGAGGAAGAAAAGCAGCUGCAGUUUAUCGGUAGCAGAGGUGGAUAGACAUAUUGAACAGCUCACUACCGCCAGCGAACAUUGUGAUUUAGCCAUUAAGACUGUGGAAGAGAUUGAGUGUGUACUGGGAGGUGAUCUUUAUCCAAAUCUGUCUGAAGAGAGAUCUCAAUGGGAAAAGGAGCUAGCUGGCCUGCGGGAAGAGAACGAGAGCCUCACAGCCAUGCUGUGUAGCAAAGAGGAGGAGCUGAACAGGACCAAGGCCACCAUGAAUGCUAUUCGUGAAGAAAGGGACAGACUGCGUAGAAGGGUUCGGGAGCUGCAAACACGUUUACAAAGCGUACAGGCCACAGGCCCAUCCAGCCCAAGUCGCCUCACUUCUGCCAAUCGACCCAUUAACCCCAGCACGGGAGAGCUGAGCACAAGCAGCAGUAGCAAUGACAUUCCCAUAGCCAAGAUUGCUGAAAGAGUGAAGUUGUCAAAGACAAGAUCAGAGUCUUCAUCAUCUGAUAGGCCUGUCUUAGGAUCAGAAAUCAGCAGCAUAGGGGUGUCUAGUACUGUGGCUGAACAUUUGGCACAUUCCCUCCAAGACUGCUCAAACAUCCAGGAAAUCUUCCAGACUCUUUAUUCACAUGGAUCUGCUAUCUCUGAGAGUAAAAUCCGAGAGUUUGAAGUGGAGACAGAAAGAUUAAAUAGCCGCAUUGAGCACUUGAAAUCCCAGAAUGACUUGUUGACAAUAACACUGGAAGAGUGCAAGAGCAAUGCUGAAAGGAUGAGCAUGCUUGUUGGGAAGUACGAGUCCAAUGCCACAGCGCUCAGGCUUGCAUUGCAGUACAGUGAACAGUGCAUAGAAGCAUAUGAACUGCUGUUGGCAUUGGCAGAAAGCGAACAGAGUCUUAUUCUUGGGCAGUUCAGAGCUGCAGGUGUUGGCUCAGUUGGGGACCAGGCAGGUGAUGAAAACAUCACUCAAAUACUUAAGAGAGCUCAUGACUGCCGGAAGACAGCUGAGAAUGCAGCAAAAGCCUUGCUGAUGAAACUAGAUGGGAGCUGCGGGGGAGCCUAUGCAAUCACCGGCUGUAGCGUACAGCCCUGGGAAAGCCUGUCAUCCAACAGCCACACAAGUACUACCAGCUCAACUGCAAGCAGUUGUGAUAUGGAAUUUACAAAGGAGGAUGAGCAACGACUGAAGGAUUACAUACAGCAGUUGAAAAAUGACAGAGCAGCAGUGAAACUGACAAUGCUGGAGCUGGAAAGCAUCCACAUUGAUCCCCUUAGUUAUGACGUUAAACCUCGAGGAGACAGCCAGAGGCUAGACCUGGAAAAUGCAGUCUUGAUGCAGGAACUUAUGGCAAUGAAGGAGGAGAUGGCAGAGCUUAAGGCCCAGCUUUACCUGCUGGAGAAGGAAAAGAAGGCAUUGGAAUUGAAACUGAGCACUCGAGAGGCCCAGGAGCAGGCCUACCUCAUCCAUAUUGAGCACUUGAAAUCUGAAGUGGAAGAACAAAAAGAAGAGAGGAUGAGGUCUCUCAGCUCAACCAGCAGCGGAAGCAAAGACAAAUUGGGCAAGGAAGGCAGUGAUGGCACCGCAGCAGCAACAGCAUUAACACUAGCUGAGCUGAGCCCAUACGACGAGAGUGAAGUGACUGCUGAACUGACAAACGCACUCAGGCGGGAGAAGAAACUGAAGGCUAGAGUGCAAGAGUUAGUGAGUGCUUUGGAGAGACUCACUAAGAGCAGUGAAAUCAGACAUCAGCAGUCCGCAGAAUUUGUUAAUGAUCUUAAACGGGCAAACAGCAACUUGGUAGGAGCUUAUGAAAAAGCGAAGAAAAAGCAUCAGAGUAAGCUGAAGAAAUUGGAAUCGCAAAUGAUGGCCAUGGUGGAGAGACACGAAACACAAGUAAGGAUGCUCAAACAAAGAAUAGCUUUACUAGAAGAAGAGAAUUCUAGACCACACACCAAUGAAACUUCACUUUAAAUGCAUCUCCUUCAAAGAUGCUUAGUGCCAUUACAAAUUUCUUUUGGAGGCUGACUUGGGUAGCUUGAAACGCUAAAAGCCGUUACUGUCAAUGCUGACACAACAACAACCUUCUCUGGGAUCCCAGAGAGGUGUUAUGGGGAUAAUAUGUUAACCUUAAGGACUGUUUUGUAAUGUAAAAUGGCAGUGCCUGAAUUAUCAUGCUAUAAUUAUAUAUGUUGUCUGUGUCAUUAUGUCUGUAUUCUUACAGCUUCUCUUCCAUUUUGAAUGUCCUAUGGGUGACAGUGUCAUACCGAAAUUCUUAACAGAGUUUUCAGUUUGGGCAGUUUGGAGGUAAUCUGAGUUUUCACAAUCCCUGUGCUCCCUCUCCAUACAACACAGUAGUGUUGUGUACCCUCAAGACUUGCUGCUGUGGUUAAAUCAACUAAAUAGGCAGCUUCAAAGCAGGAAGAUGAUCAGCUGGCUUAUUUUUUUUACAUUGUAAUUGCAGCACUGAUGCUCGCAGCACAGAAAAGGUAGGAAAACUGUUGGUUUGGAAAAAAACAAGAAAUCCUAGUUCUAGCUCUGAAAACUGCAACUGUGUUUCUUAACAGUUUGUAAAGACGACUAAAGGUUUCACCAUGCCAGAUCGUCUGUGCCAAGGCUGGGUAAGAAAUUAUAGGGAAUCUGGUAUUAAUAUUGCAUUAUAUUUGCAAUUACUCUGAGAAAGUUGGGGGUUUCUUGCUAUUACAUUAUAGCCAAAGUUUUCCUUAAGAAGCUGUACCAUUUUUGUCACAUGUAUAGUGCUUAUUACAGCUUUCUGUUAUCAAGAGGUAGAAUUUCUUCUUUUUAUACUAGUUUUGACCAAAAAAGGUACCUGUGAGUUACGUACCCAUUUAAUUUUGAAUACAUAGGCACAAAACUAUAAAUGUGUAGGUGUAUGGAUAUACAGACACAAAUAGAAUGUGAAUGGUGAAGUCUUCAUACAGAUUGUUAGGUUACUUUUUGUUACUGCUGAUUGUUUUAAGUCUCAUUACUAUAUUAUCAAACUGCCUGAACUGAAAAUGUUGGCCUGUGAUGGUGAUGAACAUCAAGCAAAGUAGAUCAGAUAGAUUUCUCUAGGGGGUAAAAUACAGAGGCACCGGUUUCAUUUGGAAUUUGCUUAUUUUUGACCUGAGUACAUAAAACAGUUUCCACAUUUGUUUUAACACGCAAAACUAGAGUCCAUUCAACAAAGCCUGCUACUUUGUUACACCUCUACUUCUUAUUUUUCAGGCUCUGUUUUCAAGGGAAUCUGAUUUCAGGACUUGUUUAUCCUUUUUGCUUUAUAUGUUGAGUUGCACAUGAAGUUUUGUUAGUGUAUUUAGAGUUAUGGUAACUUCUUUCAUUUAUUCAUCUAAUUUCUAGUACUAAGGAAGUAUUUUUAGAGGACUUGGUUUUGUGUACUCUUUGGUUAGGCCAGGCAGCCAAACAGUUGUGCGAAUAUGUGUUCAGAAUACAGCAUUGUUGUUAAGUGUUGGUUGCCACUGAAACUGUAGCUGUUGGUGUUUGUGACAUCUCUCAUUACUGUAGCUGCUGUUUUCUUCUUAGUGAUUCCUGCUUCUCUACAAUCUUGAUAUAUCUGCUACAAAGCCAACAUCAUACAUGAUUGAUUGCUACAGCAAGUUAAAACAAUGCUGAUUUCAAAAUUACAUUGUAGGUAGCAGUGCCCUGGGAAUGGUUGUGAACAGUCUUCUUUCUCUAACUUCUUAAAUUAAUAAGCAAAUGGAAAUUUUUGCAGACCCAGCUGUUGAGGGAGCAAGCACACUGAUUUCUUACUGUCUUUUUGGUUUUCCUAAGCAUCUAUCUAUGGCAUUUCCCUUUUUUGGCCAGCAAGUUUUUCACCAAUGGGAAUAUAGCAUUUUGCUGAAAGCUUCAGUGGUAGGUAGCUGAUCAUACUUGUUUCUGAAGAAACAGAGACUUACCAACUUUGUACAGUAGCAAAAAUGCAGCUGCAGGUUUGUAUUCUUGUAUCUGAAACAUCCAUGUAACUUGAGGUCAUCUCAGACUCUCUGUGUGAAAUACCUUUCACUUAAGGUGACUAGAAACCACUGUUGCACUGCAUUUGCCCUUAGGCUCAAUUUUUCUAUUUCUCUGUAGCUAGAGAAGCUAUUAAUAACAUGAAGCUUAAAGCAUUUAAAUUGCACCCUGUCUUUAAAGGAAAUAUACAAAUUAAGAAAGUAUAAAAUUCAUCUAGGUUUAAAGGUUUUAAAAGGCUGCAGUGUCCCUUGGUGCCUUUUUUAGGUCUAACAUUGCUGAUUUUGCAUCAACUGAACAUUGUUUUGCUAUAUUUACUGCGUGUCUUCCCUGCCAGCUAUGCUCUGAAACUGUUUUAGAAUAAAUUAUAAAUCACUAGUAAAUGUAAACCACUGCCUCUUCCUCCCAUAAUGUUUCUGUAUGAAAAAGCAAGGCUGGUUUGAUAGUCUACAGCCUCAGCAGCAGCUAUGGUUGGCCAGACCAACUAGGUAUCUUGCCUAAGCGAGCAGCUUCUGCUUCAUUUGCUUGCAUAUUGGAAAAGGUCAACAGGGAAGUGGUAAAAGGUUUACUGUUAUUAUGAAAAUUGUUAUUGACAAUCAGCUGCAAUUCCAGUGUACUUGUUACAAAGGCACUAACCCUGAGAAUACAUGCCAAAAACCUAACUCUUUUUAUGCAGCUGCUAGAAACAUCAGCCUAUCUACACACAAGAGUGCAAAUCACCUUAAGUUACAGCAACCCACUUAACACUUGUUGCAGAAGAAAUAUAUUUGCAAAGCAACAAAAAUAGAUGCUUCUUGCCAACAGAACCUAAGUUGUUCACUCGUUAAUUAUCUUAGGCUGUAUUAUUUAAUUUUCUAAGUCACAAAGGUGCAUGAGAUUUUGUAUUUUACAGUGUGUUCAGAAAAAAAAUACUUUUUUUCUUAUCAAAUGUGUUAGUCUUCACCAGCUUGAAUGUACUGUUAGCUAUUGCAAAGCACAUGUUGCAAAGUUUGUAUUAAUGUCAAUAUUGUUCUACUGGUUUUGUGUUUGCUCCUCCUUUAAUACUGUACCAUAAUAUGGUAAUUCUAGAAACAUUUCACCUUACUGAAUUAGCUUUAAAUGUGUUCCUUCUUUUUAGUUUCCUAGCUGCUGUAAAAUAACUAUUUUAUGUUUAUUUGAUGUAGAAUUGUAAAAACUGCAUUUAUUUAUACAGAGCCAUUUAUAAUACUUUACAAAUGUUCUUAUAUUCUGAAUAAAUUUCUAAUGCUG